UGGAGGGUCCAGGUGUGGCCAUCGUGGCAUUUACCGACAUUAUCUCUCUGUUUUCUGGAUCCACCUUCUGGGCCAUCACCAUUUUCUUGUUGCUGGCAAACCUGGGGCUGAGCACCAUGAUAGGGAUCUUGCAGGGCAUCCUUGCCCCUCUCCAGGACACCUUCUCUCCCCUCAGGAAACAUGCAAAGCUGUUCACAGUGGGUGUCUGUGUGCCUAUGUUCCUAGGCAGCCUCCUUUUCGUGAGGCCCUCGGGAAGCUACUAUGUGAACCUGCUGGAUGAUUACUGGGCGUCUCUGCCCCUCUUCUUCAUUGUCAUCUUGGAGAACGUGGCCAUGGCCUGGAUCUAUGGGGCCAGGAGGUUCCUUGCAGAUCUGAGUAUCAUGUUGGGCCGCCCCAUCUCCCCCGUCUAUCGUUGGCUGUGGUGCUUUCUGUCUCCACUUGUGCUGCUGGUCCUGUUUGUAAGCACCCUGUUUCAUCUGUAUCUGAAGACCAUCACCUACUUGGCCUGGGACUCAAGCAUUUCAAAUGAGGUGUGCCGAACUUAUCCAUCUUGGGCUAAAGUCUUGCUCAUAGUCCUCAUCGUCAUUACCAUCUUGCCCAUCCCUGCCUACUUCUUGUACAUCCUCCUUCAGAUGCCUCCUGUGGUCUCCAUGAUCCACAGUAGGGCCACAGAUAUCUUCAAACCUAAAGCUAAAGGGCGCUUACCCAAGCCUUGUCCACGGCUUCAGGUGAGGCAAAGCCAAAAGAAGAUUAAUGAAGUGGGUAAAUACCCAGGGAAAAAACUUUCUGCCCUGUGAGUAAUUCC